AUGGCUAGCAACCAAAGCCACAUAUAUAAAACCCUCACAUUAUCAACAGAAGGCACCACACCGGUGACCAUUUUUGAGAAUACAUUCACGCAGACCAAAGUUUCCAUCAACUUCUACAUUCAGAUAGAACCCAAUCCAGAUUCCGCAGCUUUGGCCCAGCAAGUUCAAGCUCUUACAGCCACCAUUGAAGAACUCACCAAACAAAAUCAAGAAAUGAAGCUACGACUUCAACAGCCACCCGACGAGAUAUUGUGUAGUUCAUUUCCCACCACUCUCAAAGGAGCUGCAAGGGAAUGGUUCACAAAGUUGCCGACAUCGUCCGUUGACAACUUUGAGCAAUUGAGUAAUGCCUUCUUGCGUCACUUCAUAGGGGGGCAGUGUCCAAAGAGGCCAGCGGACCACUUACUCACCAUUAGACAGGGAGAGAAGGAAACCCUUAGGUCAUACGUGAAACGCUUUAGUCGGGAGACUCCAGAGGUAGACGAAGCUGAUGACAAUGUGCAGCUGACGACCUUCAAAGCGGGACUAAGAUCCAGAGAUCUCGUGGCUUCACUUGUGAAGAAUCCACCAAAGAUGAUGGCAGAGAUGCUCCUGAAAGCACAGAAGUACAUGAAUGUUGAAGAUGCUUUAACAGCCAUAAAGGAUGCAGAGAAGCCAGGAGACAAGGGAAAGAAGGAAGACGAGCGUAGGGAUCAAAAGAGGGAGCGCCCAGAUCAUCGGAACUAUGACGGGAAUAGAAGAAAGGAUGACAAAGGUCCUCAAACGGUAAAAUUUACUCCUCUAGUUAUGCCUGUUGACAAAAUUUUAACGCAGAUUAAGGACGAGCACUAUCUCAAAUGGCCGAGACCAUUACACUCAUCCCCUAACGUCCGUGAUAAGAACAAGUACUGCCGAUUCCAUAAGGAUCACGACCACAACACAGAAGAUUGUAGGGACCUAAAGGAGCAAAUAGAGGAGUUGAUAUGGAAAGGGAAAUUACAGAAAUAUGUGAAGAAGGGGGAAUAUAGUAAGUUCAGGGACGGCAAUAAGAGCCAGCAUAAGUCCUCUUCCAGGAGUGACGACCGCCCGUCCCAACCUUCACAGGAUGUGAUCGGGGAGAUAAAGACGAUUACAGGAGUGCCCUUUUCAGGAGGAUCAUUUAAAUCCGUCAAGAAAGCGUACCAGUGGUAG